AUGAAUCCAUCCGGCUUUAAAGCCAACUUACGUAGUCACCGUCGACGAAAUCAACCUUGGACCUCUCCCCCGGUCGGUUCUAUCCUUGCUGGCCUCAAGACGAAGAUGCACUCAGGAUCCUGGUUCUCGUCUAUCCUCUUGGCUGCAUUGCAGCUUCAUCUCGCUGUAGCGGCUCCGAACCCACUCCCGACCCCUGCUCCGAGCAAGACGUUGCCACAAAAGCGGGACAUAUCUUCAUGGGCUUCCAGCGUCGCUAGCGGUCUACCUACAGAUGUUGCUGGUGGUGUGUUGCCUGCGUUCCAAGGGCUGCCCAGUCCAGAUGAUAUCAAGAAGCAACUUAACCUCACCGACGAGGCUAUCGACGCACUUCCCCUCGAGGUUCUCAACAUUCCAACGUUCGCGAAUUGGACGGGAAACGGUUGGAACGUCCGCAUCCAUGGUCAGGCGUAUAAGCAGCCUCCAGCAAACGACAGCGUGUUAGACCACAUUUCUUCCGUCUUUAUUGCCGAUCUGGAUGUCUCACAGCUCAACGAGACCGGUCAUCGUCAAUCACGAAAUAUGAGCGCAUUGAUGCUCGCCCUCCCACAAGACGAUGAACGACUAAAUUUCACCCUCACAAGCCCUGUGUCCAACAACUCGCUCGUUAUCGAGUUUCCAGCCGCGACAGACAGCAGAGGAGAAUUCGAUGCAUUCAUACAGCUGACUAGUGACAUGAUUCCAUCAAACGACUCGGUCAUGAGUUGGCCAAUGUACACGGUUAAUGUCAACAGUGGCAAUUCGACGGUUUGGUUUGUUCCCCAAAAGGGCGUCACCAUCCUCUCAGACGUGGACGAUAUUCUUCGGUUCACUCAGAUCUAUGUCCCUCAAAAUGGUCUUUACAACUCGUUUGCCGUUCCAUUUACUCCAUGGUCCGAUAUGCCGUCUGUCUAUGCCAAAUGGGCGCAGCAGAAUCCCAACUUUCAUUUCCACUACUUGACAACUACUCCUGAACCUUUUACAAGACAAUACGUCGACUUUUUGAACAAAUACUAUCCUUUGGGUUCCUUCGAUGAUAGGCCGCUCAACUUGACGACCUAUGACCAGAUCUUCCAAAUUCGCAAGACGAAUUUAGAACGCUUUUUCCAUACCUUCCCAAACCGUUCCAUCGUCCUUGUCGGUGACACAAGCAAUGGAGAUAUCAUGCGCAAUUAUCCACAAAUGGCGCUCGACUUUCCAAACACUACAGCCUGCAUUCUCAUUCGAAACACCUCUGCCACUGAUAGCAGCAACCACUUCCCUUACAAUACCAAGAACUUCAAGGAUGUACCAAAGGAAAAGUAUAUGUUUUUCCGCACAACGGAUGAUAUUCGAAACCUCAACUUUGCCAAUGGAGACUGUGUCAACGCUUCGGUACCGCAAAACGUGACGUUCGACUACCAAGGCCUACCGUUUGACAACAACAAUGGAGCAUUCGCUCUGACCACCACACCAAGCUUCAUGCUCAUGGCAGCCACAGUCCUUAUGUUGAUGACUCUUCUUUGA